AUGGUGGGAGACGAUUGCAAUUUCGACAUAAUGCCUCCUAGGAAGAAGAAUAAGAUUCGUGAUAAUAAGAUGAAUAUAAAGAAGAAGACGAUAGUUAGCAAAUCUCAGAAACGGAAGCUGAAGAAAUUGGAGGAAGAGAAAGAAAAAGAGAUCCUUUUUGCUAAAACCUCAGAGUUGUUAGACAAGUAUAAAAUAUCUGAGGAUGUUUCGUCGCUUUUACAAUCUUCAAAAGUUAUUGGAAGAUCGGUGACUAAGAUGGAAAAACGUAGAAGAACAAUGCAAUUUUCUAAAGCUGGUGUUGUGGCUGAUGAUGAAUCAGUCGAGCGAAAAGAAGACGACGAUGAUGAUGAUGGUUGUAUGGCCGUACAUACCACGCCGGAACCUGCUGAAAUUGCUAUCCCGAGUUUUCCAACUGAUUCUGAGGAAAUGAUUCAUGUCGGUGAACUCGGUUCUGAUGUGAUGAUACCUGCUGAAGAGGUUUGUGAAGAAGAUGAAACUUUGGAGAGGAUCUUACAGAAAACAGCUUGUCGCGAUGAUGAUGAAGACUCAGAACGAAUGGAUAGAGUAACUGGGAAUGAAGAUGUAACUGUACAAGGACCUCGUGUGCCCUCGUUUGUGGUUCAUGUUUCAAGACCAGCUGAAGUUGAAGAGACAAGGAAGGAUCUUCCGAUAGUAAUGAUGGAACAGGAGAUAAUGGAAGCUAUCAAUUAUCAUCCUACGGUUAUUAUUUCAGGACAAACCGGGUGUGGUAAAACCACUCAAGUUCCUCAGUUCCUUUAUGAAGCUGGUUUUGGUUCAAAGCAAUUCAGUUCACGAAGUGGGAUUAUCGGGAUUACCCAACCGCGCCGUGUCGCUGUCCUAGCCACUGCCAAGAGAGUAGCGUUUGAGCUUGGUGUUCGUCUCGGUAAAGAAGUCGGGUUUCAAGUUAGGUACGACAAAAAUAUUGGCGAGAACUCCUCAAUCAAGUUUAUGACCGAUGGGAUUUUACUUCGUGAAAUUCAGACUGAUUUCUUAUUGAGGCGUUACUCGGUGAUAAUUCUCGAUGAAGCCCAUGAAAGAAGCUUGAACACAGACAUUCUAAUUGGGAUGCUCACUAGAGUCAUCAAAAUCCGACAGGAAUACUACGAGGAACAACAAAAGAGUCUGCAAUCUGGAGGCACAAUAACCUCAGAAAACCAAAUCAUCACGCCGCUUAAACUUAUAUUGAUGAGUGCUACUUUGCGAGUGGAAGAUUUUGUAUCUGGGAAGAGGUUAUUCCCUAAUCGACCUCCGCUUAUAGAGGUUCCCACUCGACAGUAUCCAGUAACUAUACAUUUCUCCAAGAAGACUGACAUUGUUGAUUAUAUUGGUCAAGCUUAUAAGAAAGUGAUGUCGAUUCACAGAAAGUUACCACACGGAGGAAUACUUGUUUUUGUGACUGGGCAGAGAGAAGUUGACUAUUUAUGCAAGAAGUUAUGUAAGUCUUCAAAGGAACUUGUUGUUCAAGCUGCUAACAGAGAUGCUUAUGCGAGGAAGAAAUGCGAGGAUAGUUCAUUUGGUGGUGUAGACAUGAAGGAGAUUACUGAAGCAUUUGAUGAUGAGUCCAACAAUCAAAAUUAUAGGUUUAGCUCUUAUGGAGAAGAUCCUUCUGAAAUUGGUGAUGGUAACUAUAAAGAUGAUUUUGAAGAAGAAGACAUGUAUGAGUCUGAUGAAGAAACCGACUGGGAAACUGUUGAUGAUGGCUUUGCAAGUUCAUUUGUAGAGGAAGGGAAGCUUGAUGCUCUUCGAGCAGCGUUUAAGGCUUUGGCAGACAAAAAAGGAUCUGAAACUGCUGAGCCAAGAAAGUGCAUUGCAGCAGAGAAUCAAGAAGCUGAGCAGGAGAAAAAAACAUCUUCUCCAGGAAAAUUACGUGUUCUUCCACUUUAUGCAAUGCUAUCUCCAGCUGCACAGCUUCGAGUGUUUGAGGAAGUUGAUGAAGGAGAAAGACUUGUGGUUGUGGCGACUAAUGUAGCGGAAACUUCUCUGACUAUUCCGGGUAUAAAGUAUGUGGUUGAUACGGGUCGAGUUAAAGUGAAGAAUUACGAUUCCAAGACUGGCAUGGAAACUUAUGAGGUUGAUUGGAUUAGUCAAGCUUCCGCUAGUCAACGGGCUGGAAGAGCUGGACGAACUGGACCUGGUCACUGUUAUCGUCUCUAUUCAUCUGCGGUUUUUAGCAAUAUAUUUGAGGAAUCUUCGCCUCCUGAAAUCAUGAAAGUUUCUGUUGAUGGAGUCGUUCUUCUCAUGAAAUCUAUGAACAUUCCAAAGGUCGAGAAUUUCCCAUUUCCAACUCCGCCUGAGCCAUCAGCUAUUAGAGAAGCAGAACGAUGCUUAAAAGCUUUAGAGGCUCUCGACAGCAACGGAAAGUUAACGCCAUUAGGAAAGGCUAUGUCUCACUAUCCCAUGAGUCCACGUCACUCAAGAAUGCUUCUCACAGUCAUUCAAAUGCUAAAAGAGGCCCAUAAUUACUCACGGGCGAAUCUUGUCCUUGGAUACGCGGUUGCAGCGAUAGCUGCCUUGAGCUUACCAAACCCUUUGAUAAUGCAGUUUGAAGGAGAGAAGAAAAACGAAUCAGAAGAUGCUGGCAAAACCGUCAAGGAAGAAGAUAAACAACGGAAAAAGGAUCGAAAAGAUAAAAUCAAAGCCGCUCGGGACAGAUUCUCCAACCCGACUAGUGAUGCUUUGACCGUAGCUUACGCAUUGCAUUCCUUUGAAGUCUCAGAGAAUGGCGCAGGCUUCUGUGAGUCGAAUGGGAUGCAUUUGAAGACCAUGGACGAGAUGUCUAAGCUAAAAAAUCAGCUUUUACGACUUGUUUUCAGCUGUUGUAAGCCUUCUGAAACCGAUAAUGGUUUCUCAUGGACUCAUGGGACUUUACAAGACGUAGAGAAGUCAUGGAGAAUCGCUGCAUCAUCUUCCUCAAAAACCCCUCUUUUACAGAACGAAGAGGAGCUCUUAGGAGAAGCCAUAUGUGCGGGAUGGGCAGACCGUGUAGCAAGAAAGACUAAGGCGACGGAGUACCAAGCGUGCACAGUUCAAGAACCUGUUUUCUUGCACCGUUGGUCGUCUCUCAUAAACUCAGCUCCAGAGCUAUUAGUCUACAGCGAGCUCCUCCUCACCAACAGACCGUACAUGCACGGAGCAACACGGGUGAAGCCUGAGUGGCUGGUCAAACACGCAAAGUCUCUAUGCGUGUUCUCCGCGCCACUCAAGGAUCCGAAACCGUAUUACUCGAGUAAGGAAGAUAAAGUUUUCUGCUGGGUCGUUCCGAGUUUCGGUCCUCAUGUUUGGGAGCUUCCGGCUCACAGUAUGGCAGUAAGAGAGGAUAGAGACCGAGCAGCGGCUUUCGGAUGCGCUCUGCUUCAAGGAGAGGUAUUGCCUUGUUUGAAAAGCGUUAGGCCGUUAAUGGCUGGGAAACCUGAAACAUUGUUGGAAAGAGAAGCUUGGGGUUUAGAAAGAGUUGGGAGUUUGGUAAGAGCGUUGAGCGAGUUGAAGAUUGAUAGUUUGGAGAGUUUAAAAAAGGGUUGGGAACAGAAUCCGAAUGUGCUUUACUCUGAGAUUCAAUCUUGGUUUCAGAAGAAGUUUCGUCAUAAUGUUAAAGAGCUUUGGCAGAGAAUGUUGCAGGAGGCUAAGGUCAUGCCUUUAGAACGAUCUAAGAAGUUGAAGAGCUUAAGGAGUUAA